ACAGUCCUUUGUUGACCUUGAAAAUAUGCUUCACAUUUUGCUUUCUUCAUUUUAUCAUUGCAUGUUGUUACAAAUAGGUAUUGUGUUUGUCUUAUCAGCUCACCUGACUCAAGGUGAAUGUAUUGGUUUGUGAAGCACAUUAUGUUCUGAAAUAGAAGGAAAAGAGAGAGCAUGCACAGUACAGGUCCCACCUACUUACUCUUGAAACCUGGGAGGUGCUCUGAGGCUCCAGGUACUUAUAAGAGUCGGUCUGAACAGUCGCUGCUCUUGAGUUACACUGGAUACAAAGAAACCUCACUGUCUGACAGCAGAAAGAGCUUUCCUGUAUGAGAUGUGUUUUUUUAAACUACAGCCUACCAGAGCUAAUCAGCUAAUCAUCAGGUGAACUGGUGAAGACAAUCUAGUAGUAGACGAUAUUAAUUGGUGUAAUUGUUAGCAACAGAUGCUAAAUAUUUACCAUUAAAUAGGAAUAGAUAAAUAAUGCUUGAAACUUGAACAUCAUGAGUAUACGUUGUUCAUCUCUUGUAAAGUAAAGGACAACAUAACUGUACUGUAGGUGAAUAAUGUUUUUUUCUUUGAAAUUUGUUAGGUAGGAAACUUGAAGUCUGAAAGUGCUGAUGCACACCACGUACAUUUCACUUUCGCUCAGCUUUGUGGAUUGAAUCACCUCUUUCAAAUCAAUUGGCUGCUUGAAAAUGAAAAUCCUCAGUCCCUUUUUACAUUAAAGGAAGACUUGUUUCGAAGUGAUCUGUGGAUUUACAGGGAGACCAGAGACAAAGACGGAAGCAAUAGGACCUGGAGGCAUCAUGUCUGUCUCUUCUACUGCUGGUACCUUCGUCGUCUGGGACUACGUGGUAUUUGGUCUCACGCUGGUGGUCUCAGCUGCCAUUGGGAUAUAUUAUGCCAUUGCUGAUGGUGGGCAAAAGACGUCCCAGGACUUUCUGAUGGGGGGUCGUAGGAUGUCUGCCAUGCCAGUGGCCCUGUCCCUCACUGCCAGCUUCAUGUCUGCAGUCACGGUCCUGGGAACGCCAUCCGAGGUGUACCGGUUUGGCGCCAUGUUCGGACUCUUUGCCCUCUGCUAUGCUCUAGUGGUCCUCAUCAGCUCGGAAUUCUUUCUUCCCGUCUUUUACAGAUUGGGAAUUACCAGCACGUACGAGUAUUUGGAAAUGCGUUUUAGCAAAGAGGUUAGGCUAUGUGGGACUGCAAUAUUCAUCAUUCAAACAGUUUUAUAUACCGGCAUAGUAAUCUAUACUCCAGCCCUCGCUUUAAACCAAGUCACCGGCUUCCACCUGUGGGGAGCUGUGAUCUCAACCGGCGCCGUCUGCACCUUCUACUGCACCCUGGGGGGGCUGAGGGCGGUGGUCUGGACCGACGUGUUCCAAGUGGGGAUCAUGGUGGCAGGAUUUGCCUCGGUCAUCGUCAGAUCUGUGGUGCUGCAGGGGGGGUUCUCGGCCGUUCUCAACGACUCUGACUAUGGAGGGAGGCUGAACUUCUGGGACUUUGACCCCGAUCCUUUGAGGAGACACACCUUCUGGACCAUCCUCAUUGGAGGCACGUUUGCCUGGACAGGGAUUUAUGCUGUCAACCAAGCACAAGUACAGAGAUACAUCUCCUGCAAAUCUCUGUUUCAGGCGAAAGUGUCCCUCUACAUUAACCUGGUUGGUCUGUGGGUGAUCCUGUUCUGCGCUGUGUUUGCAGGCUUGUGUCUGUACUCCAUCUAUAAGGACUGCGACCCGUGGACAGCACACAUCAUAUCCGCGCCUGACCAGCUCAUGCCAUACAUGGUUAUGGACAUCCUGAGAGAUUUUCCUGGACUUCCUGGACUGUUUGUAGCAUCAGCAUACAGUGGGACAUUAAGCACAGUCUCCUCCAGUAUCAAUGCUCUGGCAGCUGUAACUGUGGAGGAUCUGGUGAAGCCAUACUUCAGGAUUUCUGACAGCAAGCUUUCUUUGACUUCCAAGGGGCUGAGUGUACUGUAUGGGGCCCUGUGCAUCGGAAUGGCUGGCCUAGCUUCUCUGAUGGAGGGUCUCCUGCAGGCAGCGAUCAGCGUAUUUGGCAUGAUAGGAGGACCACUCCUCGGGCUCUUCGCGUUGGGAAUUUUCUUUCCCUGUGCCAACUCUACAGGAGGGCUGGUGGGACUGCUGUGUGGACUCUCUCUCUCUCUCUGGGUGGGGGUCGGAGCUCAGCUGUACCCCCCGCCGCCCGGGAGGAGCCGGCCUCUGAGCCUCAGCACUGCUGGCUGUAACGGCAGCCUGCCCGCAGGAGAGUCCAACUGGACAGCUGUGACGUGGCAGCCCCCCCCGGCGCACGGUCUGUGGGGUGAGGAGGAGCCCAGGCCCUAUCUGGCUGAACACUGGUAUUCUUUGUCCUACCUGUACUUCAGCACUGUUGGGACUCUAACAGUCAUGGCUGUUGGUCUGCUAGUGAGUCUCUCGACAGGGGGAAGAAAGCAGAACUUGGAAUCAGGGUUGACUAUACAGAAAGAAGACCUAACCGGCUACCAGAUUCUCUCUCUUCUUAAACCUAAGAACGGAGCACGUGAAAAAUUGAACCGCGGGGCAAACGCAAACACAAAAGAUUGUGGAGCACUUAAUCCUGCCUUCAGCCAUCCUGAAGAGGACAUGAAGGAAACACAGCGCAAAAAACAAACAGUUACAUUCAUUCAUGUCACAUGUGGAUGAGAAAGCCACAGAACUGCAGUUUUCCCCUGUCAUUGCUGUGCAUCGUGGUUAUUUCCCUUAAGAGUAGAAUUGAAUUUUAACUUUAUAGCAAGAACAUGUUUUGUUCUACACCCAUCACAUGACUAAAUUUUGCCAUUUUUUAAUACACUGUAUUAACUUAAUUUUUCAUCUGCAGCUUCACUCAUCAUGGAAUGCGGGCACAGCUGCGUCGCCAUUUUGUGGCUCAAUUUCUCAGCUCAGGCUGCAUGUGAUUGUGACAGGCCUACCUCUCCUCAGGUGGCUCGUGAGGCCUGAGCACGUGGACAAACCACAAUGGAAAUGUGCCAUUUCAUUUUAGAAAAGUUUUAGAAUAAAGUUUCAUUUUAGGAUGGUUUUACACAAAAGAACCCCAUGCUCUGAAAAACGAACACUAAAUAGCACUGUGGAUCCCUUUAUGUACAGAACCUGCUUAGGCUAAAUGAAACCAUGAGUCUCACCCUUCAGCAACUAAUCAACUGAUUACCUGCAGUAAUUCGCCCUGUGUGAAUCCGUUGUGGGGACAGGGACCCUACUGUAUGUACAAGUGCUGGAGGCCCCGCUGAGGCAGCUGACACUAAUCUAACACGACUGCUCGCCUCCCACAGUAAUAUCUGAUUGGAAGAGAAAGGGCAGGGAUUUUGAAAGUUUGGGAAUGCAAGCACUUAAUUGCAUGGGAGCAGGAGAGGGUUGGUUCCACACUGCAGAAAAUAGAAAUAAAGAAGAAAAAACACUCUGUUUCAGCUGUGGAGAAUUUUUCGGUAUGUUCUCAGCCUCUGUGGUCACUCAAUCUCUACAGUGAAACCUCACCCUGCUCUGUUGCUGCUUGCGUGUGCACACAGACCAUUCCAUAUUUCAUUAGAUAAAAUGUUCAGUAACAAACCUCCAUUUGCAUUGCAGACUAUCUGUUAAUGAACCCGGUAAAUUAAAUGAGAGAUUAAUGGAAAUUCCUUUCUCCUUAUUUUGGAGCAGAUUGCUAAAAAAAAAUUAUAAUGCUCACUUAUAAUCACAUUCAAAAGGAAAUUGCAACAUUUCAAUGCGGCUGUAAUAUCACACUUGUUUUUUGAGUGUUAUGCCUUUUUAAAACCAGAAGAUGGAAGUAGUUGGUUAUCUAAUGUGUAAAUGGAUCUUGGUAAAUUGUCGAGAAGCGAUGUACUGUAUAUAGAAGUUCCGUGAAGAACUUUCUCCUCGACCUCGAGUUAGUUAUGCGCAAAUAUACCUGCUCUUUCACUCAGAGUAAAAUGUUCAGUAAUCCUUACACUGAAUGAAGAAAAUAUAUAUAAACCUCUGCAGUCUACUUAACAAUAAAUCUGAGUGGGGAACUGUGCCAGUGUGCUCUGGCUGCAAACAAUGAAGUAAAGGUUUAUUUCACUCUGAAAAACUGAAAGACGAAACAGUGUUUCAACUGCUGAGCUUCCAUGAGGUCUCCCUCAACAGCCAAAAUGUAAUCUUUUCUUCUGGUGUUUCAGUCUGGAAUUAACCUUUACUUGUUCCAUAACAAAAAAAAAAUCAAUUAAGUCAAUUACAUACGAGAGCACUUUCAGGACACAGACCCCGAGCCAAGAUUUCCAUUAGAGAGGAUGAAGCUGCUAAAUUAUUUUAUCAUUUUCGCCAUGAUGUCUGGAAAAGAAUUAUAUAGGUAUA